AUGAAUUAUCUAAUUACCGGAGCGGGAAGAGGUAUUGGACGGGGACUGACACGAAAUCUUCUUCGACAACCAGGCAACCGGGUAUUCCUGUUGGACAAUAACGAGAGCGAAUUACAGAACACUCUUUCGCUUGCGUCAACUUGGACAGAAUCGGCAGGUUCUGACAACAGCUCUUUCAAAGGCAAGGUGGUCAAUCUGGAAAUCCGCGAAGAGAUCAAAAGCGUUAUCCACGAAGUCAGCGAGUUCUUCGAUGGCAGGUUGCAUGUUCUCGUCAAUAAUGCUUUCGCUACUUCGCACAUCUGGAAAAACGACAAGGGCAUGGGGGAUGACCUCGAUUCCGACGAGAUCAUGGACGAAUGGGAUAGCAAGAUAGCUGUCGGACUCACUGCGCCAUUCAUGCUUUCGAGGCUUUGCGUACCUAUGCUCAAAAGCGACAGCGCAAAGCUGGGUGCUGGAUGCAUCAUCAAUAUAUCUUCUACUCGUGCGAAGCAGGCAGAAGAGAAUCACGAAGGCUACAGUGCAGCCAAAGGUGGGCUUCUUGGCCUCACGCAGAGCAUGUCAAUCAGUCUGGGACACAGACAUAACAUUCGAGUCAACGCGAUUAUACCGGGCUGGAUCAACGUUGAAGACGAGAAUAAAGCGGCCGAUGAUGAUGGAACUCGAUGGGAAGAUGGCAUGACUGACCAGGAUCACUCAUGGCACCCCGCUGGUCGCGUCGGAAAGGUUGAGGACAUCUACAAGACAGUCAAAUUCCUUGCUGAGUCCGAGUUUAUUACUGGUGAGGAGAUUGUUGUGGACGGAGGUGUAACGAGGAAGAUGUACUAUCCAGAAUAA